UACUAGCAACGCCGCUUGAGACAUAAAAAAAAAAUAAUAGUAAUAAUAAAAUACACUUAUGUUUACACAGUUGAUUUACAGCCAACCAUUUGAUGACAUCUUAGUCAGUCGCCAUUUUUAAAUUUCAAACAGCUUUUCUGCUUCGCUUUUCUGGCCGCCGUGUGUCAACACAUCCUCUUGGCUGCUCAGCCGCCGUGUAACGGAGUGUAAAUGACAUUGCAGCCAGGAAAGGGGUAGUAGGAUGUUAGGCUAACAACGCAGUUUACAGGCUGCUAUGGGCCUUACAGUGACCUGACAGCCGAAGUCGCCAAUUCCUGUUGUUCAGCCUGCAUAUAACGAGCGGUGAAAAGAUGAUACAGAGGUCAAAGGCAGUUUCCUGGGCUUGUGUSUUUGCUGCUGCUGAGUGACUUGAGUGUGUGAAUCUGCAGAUGUCGAUUGAUGACCGGGCUCUGRUCAUAAGGCAGAUGGCUGUUUAGCGAGAGCUCCUCCUUGUUCAUCUCCAAGUUUUAGAUCUGCUGACGCCAACAAUGUUUUGGAAGUUUGACUUGCACACAUCCUCUCAUCUGGAGGCUUUGCUAGACAAGGAGGAUGUCACCCUCACUGAGCUCAUGGACGAGGAAGACGUGCUGCAGGAGUGCAAGGCCCAAAACAGGAGACUCMUCCAGUUCUUCUGCCAGGACCAAUGCAUGCAAGAGCUAGUUCGUUUGAUUACAACAGAACCCCCUGCUGGCGCAGAAGAGACCAAGCGCUUCAAGUAUCCAAACAUAGCAUGUGAGCUGCUGACAUGUGAUGUAGGGGUGAUCAAUGAUAAGCUUGGCAAUGAGGAGCCUCUGCUAGAAAAGCUGUAUGCUUUCCUGGAGCAGCCGUCCCCGCUUAACCCCCUCCUGGCCUCCUUCUUCAGCAAGACAAUUGGGAAUCUAAUAGCACGGAAGACUGAGCAGGUCAUCAGUUUCCUGCGAAAAAAGGAAGGAUUCCUUUCAUUGGUCCUGAAGCAUAUAGAUACGUCUGCCAUGAUGGAUGUGCUGCUACGCCUUAUCAGCUGUGUGGAGCCACCUCCACUUCGGCUCGAGACCCUCACUUGGUUGAAUGAACAGAAACUGGCCCAGAGACUCAUAGAGCUCAUUCACCCUGAGAGAGAUGAAGAGAGGCAGACAAAUGCUUCUCAGACACUGUGUGACAUCAUUCGUCUCAGCAGAGAUCAGGCCAGUCAGCUGCAAGAGAUUUCCCAGCCCGACCCGCUGCUCACUGUGCUGGAAUCGCAGGAGUGUGUCGAACAGCUGCUUCAGAAUAUGUUUUCAGGAGAGAGGGCUGAAAGCUGCAUUGUCAGUGGGAUUCAAGUUCUUCUGACCCUGUUGGAGAUCCGUAGGCCUGUGGUGGAUGGUGUCAUGGAUGCUCAGGGGUUUGAGAGAAGUUACACCGUUAACAGCAGCAUUUUGUUGGCUAUUCAACCACACCUAAUUCACUUUCACCAGCUACUUCUGGAACCACCUAAGCGAGAUCCCAUGCUGACUACUCUGGGUGUGCUUGAGGAACCGCUGGGGAACACACGCCUGCAUGUGGCCAGACUCGUGGCCUCUCUGCUUUACACCAGCUCUGCCAGCCACGCAGUCGUAGCUCAGGAGCUCUGCAGGCUCAAUACCAUGGAUCUCCUUCUGGACUUAUUCUUUAAGUACAACUGGAACAACUUCCUGCACCUUCAAGCGGAGCUUUGUGUUGCUGCCAUCGUCCGGCCGUGUGCCCAUGAAAUGAGACUGCAGCCCGGCUUCAGUUCCCAGGAUAAGUCCAUGCCUUCUCCAGACGCACCUCAAGAGCAGAAUACAAGUGAGGCCCCAACCUCUGAACCGUCAGUCACCUCCGACAACUCUGCCCACAACUUAAUGGUGACUCAUUUGUUCCAACACUGCCACCUUGUCCAGAGGAUUCUGGAGGCUUGGGAGGAGAAUGAUAAAAUCCAGUCAGAAGGCGGCAUGAGAAGAGGAUACAUGGGACAUUUGACAAGGAUUGCCAACACUGUGGUGCACAACCUGGAAAAAGGCCCAGUUCACACUCAAAUCGGUAACCUUAUCACAGAGCUGCCAGAGGACUACAGAGGGCGCUGGGAAACCUUUGUGGAACACACACUGUCAGAAACCAAUAGAAAAAACACCAUAGACCUGGUUGGAACCGGAAACCCUCGAUCUUCUUCAGAGGAUGACAUGGAGAGCCCCUUCCCUAAAGAGCUCACAAUGCAGCAGGCCUUUUCAGACUAUCAGAUCCAGCAGAUGACGGCUAACUUUGUAGAUCAGUUUGGCUUUAAUGACGAUGAGUUCACGGAUCAUGACGACAACAUUGGUGCAACGUUUGACCGAAUUGCUGAGAUCAAUAUCAACAUUGAUGUGGGCUAUGACGGUGCCAACACAGCUGUGUUUGAGGCGUGUUCUAAGGAAAGGAUUCAACCUUUUGAUGAUGAUGAAGAAGACAUAUGGGAGGAAAAAGAAAUCAACUAUGCAACACAAACAAAGUCAAGAAACAGGUUCGGUGGCUCCCCUUCCUCCCAAAGCCAAGCAGCCAGUCAGACGUGUGAGAGGACAGCAGCUUCCAGCACCGACGCUCCUGACAGACCUGCAGAYUCUGAUUCUGAGGAGGAAGACAAUAAAGAUGAAUUUGAUCCGUUUUCAAGCCAGGGCCAGACAUGUGCACCUCCAAGUUCUGACUGGGUUGCAGACUUUGGAGAGGUGAACUCCACAGCUCCUGCGGCUGGAGCAGCGUUUUCCCCCUGGGACGCUCCGGUCUCCCAGCCAGCUGCAACAGAGACGGAAGAUAAAGGGUGGGCCAAGUUCACAGAUUUUCAACCUUUCUGUUGCAGCUCUGAAACGGGCCCCAGAAGCAGCUCUCCUGUGGACUCAGACCUGAGCAGUUCAGACAGCACCAAACCAAACCCCAACCCAUGUGUGUGGAGUGCUUGUGUGGCAAGAAAAGCUCCUCUUGUGGCAUCGGACAGUUCCUCCUCCAGCAACUCAGACAGCGAUGAAGAGGAAGGAAAGACAGAGUCCACUUCCAAUGAGACGGUUACCACGGAGACCAUCACCACAGGUGCAGGGAAGGAGACUAUCCGACUGACUGUGGAUGCCAAAAAUGAGAGGGCAGUCUUCACGAGAGUUUUCCGACCUGCAUUCAAACGUGAAGGAGAAAAGGUGCCUAUAGAUGGACUAUCAAUCAAGGACAAAGACAAAGAAGAUGAAAAAGAAAAGAAACAUGGAAACAGCUCUAGCACAGUUACCGCCAGUCCAACCAACCAGUCUGCCGCGGUCACACAAGAGAUGCAGUCCCCAGCUAAUGGACCGGCCUAGCACCGCAGCACAGGCCCACUUUUCCCACUUCUUUUUGUUCAACGCGCAGCCAUGCCCCCUUUUUUGCUUCCGGUUAGCCGAACCCCAAUGCCCUUUUGUUGUCUGAAGACAUGUAAGUGAAUAAAGAUCGUCUGUUCUGGGGUCAAACAGCACUUAUGCUGGAAAGUAGACAUCCACACAUGGGUAGUAUUGAUGUCUCAUAUGCGCCUUCAUGACAUAAUUACAACUAAAGAGCUUCGAGGAGGCAACCUGGGUACUGUAGAGCAUUUCAUUGUGCCAGGCAGCCAAAUUCAACUUCUUUUAACUCAGAAUCUUAGAUUAUUUGGUUCUGUCUAUUUGUUGCUCUUGCAAUCAAGCCACAAUGAUUGUUUUUGUUUUCUAGCACAGGAUUUUGACUGUUUACACUUUAGUAAUGAGAGCUGCAUUGUAAUAAUCAGCCAAGAUACUUGGCUAGUUGCCAGUUUAACCACCUCUGACUUUAGAAAAUUAAGCGCAGACAUUUUAUUAUAAGAAAUGUAAUUUUUUUUUUUUUUUGUUUUUUUUUUUUUUUGCUGCUUCAAUUGUUCUCAGUCUGUUUUCAUUAGCCGUAAUCACUUGAGAAAGAAAUGGUCUUUGCAUUUAGAGUAUUGGAGUUUGAGAGAAUCACGAUUCAAUUCUGAAAAACCCAUAAUUUAGAAGUGUGUGUGUAUGUGUGCGUGCGUGCGCGUGUGUGUGUGUGUGCUUUGCAUACAUGUGUCUGUAGCCAUGUGUUUGUGUGUGUGUCGAGCUCUGUCUGUUACAGAGCGUAAUCUCAGGUUUAAGGAGAGGUAUGCGGAUACAAAGAAAGCACACCUGUGUAACACACACUUACACACAGUUCCAUACACACAUGUAUCAACAACCAUAUCCACCAACACAUGCAAAAAAAAAAAGAAAAAGCAAAACAAAAAAAAGAACACACGGUGAUGAUGUGCACAUACCCGUUCAUGCCACCCUUCAGAGGUGUUUCAAUGUAAUAUUGUGAAUUUUGAACCUGUAUUAGGUUGUGGCUAUUCUUGGUAUUAUGUAAACGUAACAUAAAUGUAAACAUUAUAUAUAAACAUUAUUAUAUCUAUUUUUGGAAUAAAUCCGGUGUAUGGAAAUGAGGUUGUUUUGCAGGUUGCAGUAUGCGCGAGUGUAUUUAUGUGUGUGUGUUCUGUUGAAAGGCAAUAAUGACGUCUGUUUUUUGUUGACGGGCCAGCAUCAGUUCCUGUUUCUUUGCUACUUGCUUCCUAUAUAGAAGCAUAGGACUGAGCAUGAUGUGAAUGCAUGCCGGUAGUCUGCAGGAUGUCUUCCGCAAAAAUCUUACAUAAAAGAUGAUUCUGGUUAUUUACAACUCAAGUUUGUUUUUUUUUUUGUUUUUUUUUAUUAUCAUUUCUCAACUUGAAAGAUUUAUAUAGAGUGGAAAAUGAGUUAUUCGGAACUCGAAAACAACAAAGUAUUAUUUGUGCCGCUUUUCCCUAGUUUAAGUUUUUUGUGUGUGGCUAUUUUACUAAAAAUAAGGUUUUGAUCUUGUCUGUCAUUUGCCAUUUAGUUAUUUUGUAAUAUUGAAAUAUUGCCUUCUUUAGCAGGACAUUUCAUUCCCAUCGCUGGGUGUCUCGAAUCCCUUUUAACAACUCGCAACUUAAAAUAGAUUUUAGAUUUUAUAGUUCAAAAUAAUUAAUAUUUUUGGUUUUCUUUCAUCGUGUAUCAUAGGUAGCCAAUGAGUAAACCCCCAGAAAAAUACAAUGGUGUUGUGUAAGUUUUCAUAAAUUGAUGAGAUUUGAACAUAUUUUUCUCACACUUAUCCAAAUAUUUCUUCCAAAAACUUGCAACAAAAAGUAAACUUAUUUGUCAUGGCUUAAAUACAUGAGUUGUAAUUUCUGAUACAGAGUUGUAGUAUAAAAAGACAAAAUUACAAUGCGUCUGUUCAAAACAGGAAUUUGAAUUGAUAAUGAAGCAAAGUGAGGUGGAGUAGAUGUCUGAGUUUCUUGAAAGCCUUACGAGUGUAACAUGUUUUUGAUCAAUCGGAUAUAUAAAAUUAUUCCUCGAUGAAGAGAACCGGGGGUGUCUCAGUGUAAUUGUUUUAUCUCAAAAACAGUUCUUUUAAGAUGAGCUCCAGUCCAAUGCUUGAUAAAACCUUUAUAAAAUUAAUACAAAAACUUGACCUGAGUCGUUAUAAACCAGAAUAAUUCCUUCAGUUUUUUUUUUGUUUUUCCUCUUUCUCAGGGUAGAAGUUGACUUUAAUUGCAUAAAUGUCUCUUGAGUCAUUGCUAUAUUUAUUU